AGACAAAUUAAACCUCGUCGCAUUUGAAAAAAAAAAUCUGAAAGAUGCUGUGCGACGGCUUUCUUGAAGAGUAUAAGUGCAAUGUGUGUCUUCGUCCGUUCCUCUAAAGAAAUCUUGGUCCAGUAUCAGACACGUAAGGGCAGAAGCAAAACCGAAUAUACACGUCUGAAAGAGUGGCCCAGAGUCAUGAUUGGAGCCCAAGAAAUCCACGCACUGCAGUUGUUUAUGUUGCCGUGGUCGCUGCUUCCUGUGUAAUGGUUAAGGUUCCUUAUCGGCUCAUCAAUCAUUAAAACGUCGCCGAAAAGAUGCAGUAAAUCAAGUGAUCUAGUAUCAAAACCAACUCGAAAAAUUAGUCUUGGUUCUAAAAAAAUAAAAUCCACACAUGCAGAGCAGCGCCGUUCCCGUUAGUAUUUUUGGCGUUUGAUUCAUGUGCUAGUUAGCUUCGACGAGACUUGCUAGCAAAAUGAGACUUGUUAGCCAGUAGGCUAACUUAAAGCGAGGUAUGUGUCAUCAGUCACUAUGCGCAUCUAAGAUUUUUUUAUAUCCCAUAGAAGCAUCCAGUGUCUCUCGUUGGUCGAAGGCAUUACCACUCACAGGAAGAUUAACACUGGCACGAUUUCAGACACCGAUUUAGUUGGUUAAUAAGCUAGCGGAGGCGAGUUAAGUGGCCUGUCUAAAAGAGGAAGUAUGUGCACUCUUCCCAGAGCAGCCUUCGAGAGAAUCCGGGUUAAAAAAUAUAUAUAUUGCAAAAAGACAACUUAAUCCAUAUGUGCUUGUCUUGUUCCCGAGUUCCAGGGACACUCUCCUCCUCGCCAACAGGACCAUGCACAGAGUGCUGCUUCUGAGCUGAUGGUGGCGCAGACGGACGAUGGAGGAGGGGAGGGUUCACUGGGAGAUGAUGGAACUAGACUGCCCAAUGGUGGUUAUUCGAGUUUGAAAAUAACAUACUUAAUUUUUUUUUUAUUUUUUUUUAUCGUGGUUAAAACUAAUAAAUGAGUUAACCAUGCGAGGACUGUAAUCAGGCGAAAAUUAAACUCACAAUCGUGUGUCUGGUGCUUUUGGUGCUUCAACUUCCUCUCGUUGCGGCGUGGAGAGUUGCAAAAUACGGACUGGAUACUGGAUCCAGGCCGGAAAGACUCUCCUGAGCCCCUCACCAUGUCUCAGACUGCCAAGUCCGCCUCCAGCCAGGGCACUGAUGCCAAGGACAAGGGAGCCCCUGCUCCAGCUGCUUCCAGCAAGGCCACCAAGACCGGAGACCCUGGAAUGGGAUCCUAUAGAAUCAUGCUCUUCGACCAGGAGAACUUCCAGGGCAGGAUGAUUGAGGUCCAGAAUGAGUGCAUGAACGUGUGUGACCGUGGCAUGGAUAGAGUGCGUAGUAUCAUCGUGGAGUGUGGCCCCUUUGUUGCUUUUGAGCAGAGUAACUUCCGUGGGGAGAUGUUUAUCCUGGAGAAGGGAGAGUAUCCUCGCUGGGAUACCUGGAGCAACUCCUAUCGCAGCGACUGCCUCAUGUCCCUCAGGCCCAUCCGCAUGGACAGCAUGGAGCACAAGAUCUGCCUGUAUGAGCUCUCCGACUUCAAGGGCAACAAGAUGGAGAUCCAGGAGGAUGAUGUGCCCACCCUCUGGGCGCAUGGCUUCUGUGACAGAGUGGGCAGCGUGAGGGUGCCUGGAGGAGCUUGGGUGGGCUAUCAGUACCCUGGCUACAGAGGCUACCAGUACCUGUUUGAGUGUGGCGACUACAGACACUACAACGACUUCUGCGCUUUCCAGCCCCAGAUCCAGUCCAUGCGUCGCAUCAGAGACAUGCAGUUCCACCAGAGAGGAUGCUUCACCUUCACCUCUGCCAGCAAGUGAAUUUGACAUCUACAGGCAGUCUGGUGUCCCGUUACCAGCUCCCAAAUCUUUUUAUCUCUUCAAAGGCUUUUUCGAAAUUUUUUUCCUAAACCUUUUACCGUCAUUGCUCCAUCCCAAAGGAAAGACAGAAUCAGGGCAUUACACUGGACAACAUUAAGUGACUUUCAUGCCUGAUUUUCCUCUGGGAACAAUAAAGUAUCUAUCCAAUGGUGCUUAAAAAUAAACAUCUUAUGAAAAAUCUGAA